AUGACAACUCCUAAUCAUCCAGCAAGCGAUUGCCCAUUACUUGUUGGGCCUCUCAUGCCUAAGUUAUAUUCCUACACAUCAAGUCUCGAAACCUCGAGACUAGUACUGGCGUUGAGGCCCAGUAUGGCUGGUGGGCCCAGCUACUGCUUAGAGUCUUUUGAGACAAGUUUACAGGAAACCUCCUGCUUGCUUCAUGAAAACGCCGAAGAAGCCUCCCCGCCACCAGCGUCACUCUUCCAGUAUGAGCCUGAAACA